AUGCCCUCGUCGCCAAUUCGGAGGGACGCAAGGCAGCAUUCGCCACCCAGGCGAGAUAAUGCCAAGGAGCGAAGAAACCCGUCCAUCACACCUAGGAAGUUUCGACGCUUCUUCACCCCGCGGCCGCGUGUGCCAUCACACCUUGCUCCCGGCCAUAUCAGUCCAGCACGCAAGGCAUUGAGGGAUCUUGCUGCCCCAGAACUCAACAGGAACGACCGGCUACAGACGCCCGCACCAUCCAGUCCACUCAGAGCACCCAGCGAAGAUGUUCAUAUCCGGGACGAGAAUGCCAUCGACAAUACCCGCGCAAAGCGCAGGAAGAUACAUCACACACCUGACUCAUCACCAUGCCAACCUACUAUUCAGCCAGCUCUCCCUGCGCCCCCCAUUGAUAGGCAGUCGGCAUUACUCAGUCCUAUGCGAUCCUUGCAUUCGAGCCAGGAAACCGUCGAGUCAGACGAGAGCGACGACGACGACGAUGACCUGUUCCAUCAAAGGCCAGCCAGGCGCUUGGCUCCUGUCACAGCCAGGGGCUUUGUUGGCCAUCUCCUCCAGAGGGAGAUGGGAGGCAUGCCGAGGGCUGGGAGAUCUUACAUGGCGUACCCAGUGUCAGACUGGAGAACAGAAACCGCAAACUUUUACAGCCGCCCUGACAAUGUCCACAACUGUAUCAGUCAUGAUGGGCCGGGUCGCUGUAUCCCUUUUUGUACAGCGGCGUGUCACACCAAUGGGCUCGUAGCAGUAGGUGAUGAGGAGGGCAGAGUAAGGCUCCUCGACUCAUCAGGCGAUACAUCGCAACCUUUCAGCAAGAUCCACCUUUCUUUCCCUGCUCACAGCAAUGCCAUCAUCGACCUCACGUUCUCCGACGACGACUAUCUGUUAGCCACGGCUUCAGGAGACCAGACCGGUCGGGUUAUUGACAUGAUUACCCAGACGCCCGUGGCUCUGCUCCAUGGCCACACAGCUUCCUUGAAGCAAGUGCGUUUCCAGCCCGGAAGGUCGAACGGGUCAGUAUUGGCCACCUCCUCGCGGGAUGGUAGCGUUCAAAUAUGGGAUCUUCGGUGUAAAGGGCCCGUCUCAGAGAUGUCCCCUCAAUCUGAACGUGACUCUGGCUUGACCUUCCGCCGUCCACCACCCAAGGAGGGAUGUGCAGUGAAUAGCAUUUACGACGCGCACGCCCGCACAUCCCGCCAAGUGAAGCAAGCGGCGGCUGGUGGCCCGGGGGACAUGCCUUCACGUGGGGAAUUGCCAGGCCGCAUAGGGGACGUCUCCGUGACGGCGCUGCAGUUCCUGCCAGAAGGUCAAGAACACCUACUCCUCACCGCUUGCGAAGCGGACGCAUCGAUUAAACUAUGGGACAUACGAUCUACCACUACCCGUCACAGAACCUCGACUCCUAUUUCGGUCACGGCCCCACCGACUUCCCACUCCCAUUGGCGUCCUUUUGGCAUUCCAUCACUUACUCUCAGCACAGACGCCUCCCGGCUCUACGCACUAUGCAAAGACAACACUGUUUAUGCCUACUCAAUGGCACAUCUUAUUCUCGGCCACGCGCCUGAACUCAGCACGCGCGAACCUGCGAGACGGCGCCACGGCAACACGACACAUAACGGCCUAGGACCCAUUUACGGAUUUCGACACCCAUCACUCCAUGCCACCUCGUUCUACGUCAAGGCUGCCAUUCGACCUGCUAAAGACGGCCGCAGCGAGCUCCUAGCAGUUGGCAGCUCAGACUCCUGCGCUGUUGUCUUUCCCACUGCUGAGCGGCACUUUCGCCCGGAUCUCUCUGGUGCCAUGUCGUCGCUCUCCUUAUCAGACUCCACCAUCGCGGCAUCAGCGUCUUCCUCCCUACCGCCUUCAGCCUUUACGCGAUCUCAUCGGCCGCCACUCUUUCAGCGCGCCGCCAGCUCCACAAACCUCGCUGCUAUGCGCGAGAAGGACGAUAUCCCCAUUAUUAGGAAUGUCGGGACGCCUCUUGUUCGUGGUCAUGACCGCGAGGUUGGUUCGUUGACGUGGACGGAACAGGGCAAGCUCAUCACUAUCGGUGACGACUACCUGAUUCGAUGCUGGAGCGAAGAUAGGGAACAAGCCAUGGACCUGCGCACGGGUGGCGAGACCGAGGGCAGGCGUUGGGGCUGCGGAUGGGCUGAUGUUGGUGAGGGCUGGGAUGGCGAUUCCGAAGAUGACGAGUAA